AGUUCUUUAUGAUAUUGUAUUGUCUGCAAAUAUUCUUUAUUAAAAAAAAGCCAUUUGAGUAUUGUUAAAUCUGAAAUAAAUACGUCAUACAAUAACCUAGAGUUCUGUAAAGUGUAAAGUGAGCCGAGACGUCAGCUCACACCACAACCAUCCAUUGCAUUGUUGCAUUAAUUAAACUGUUAGCUUAAAAUAAGCAAAAUGACGUCUGGACCUUAUAACUACUCGUAUAUUUUCAAAUAUAUAAUCAUUGGCGAUAUGGGAGUUGGCAAGUCAUGUCUUUUACAUCAGUUUACAGAAAAAAAAUUUAUGGCCGACUGUCCUCACACCAUUGGAGUAGAAUUUGGAACUCGGAUAAUUGAAGUUGCUGGUCAGAAAAUAAAACUACAAAUUUGGGACACAGCAGGGCAAGAAAGAUUCAGGGCUGUAACACGUUCAUACUACAGGGGUGCUGCUGGUGCCCUUAUGGUUUAUGACAUAACAAGGAGGUCAACAUACAACCAUCUAAGUAGUUGGCUCACAGAUACUCGAAAUUUGACAAACCCCAGUACUGUAAUAUUUCUUAUUGGAAAUAAGUCAGAUUUAGAUGGUCAACGAGAUGUUACUUAUGAAGAAGCAAAACAGUUUGCUGAUGAGAAUGGACUAAUGUUUGUUGAAGCUAGCGCUAAAACGGGUCAAAAUGUUGAAGAGGCAUUUUUAGAGACUGCUAAGAAAAUUUAUCAAAGUAUUCAAGAUGGGCGGCUGGAUCUUAAUGCCGCGGAGUCGGGGGUGCAGCAUAAGCCCGCCUCGCCAGGCCGCCCGCUGGCAGCGCCGCCCGCCUCGCGCGACCCCUGCGCCUGCUAGCCGCUCCCACCACGGGGACGACUACGUAUCGCGUUCAAACCAAACUUACAUGUCACAGCGAAAGCGAUCAAUAUAAUUAAACAAAAGUGAUUGAUGAAAUGUCAUUUCACACUUUCCUUGCUACAUAUAAUUUCUAUUAGCAAUUGAUUAUUGUUAUUAAUUUAAUUUUAAAAAUUGCGUUUUUAAUUAUAUCUAAAACAUAAUAUUUGUAAUGAGUAUAUAAUGAGUCAACGAACGCCUGACAGGGCAACGAAUGCAAAGGCACGUGGGGUCCCCCUCUGCCCGCGACGCCUGCGGUAGGUCAGUUCAGCUUCGUUUGCAUUCUGGUACUCUCUGAGAGUACUGUAGGAUGUUGACUUUAUAUACUUGUAACACAUAAGUCUAUACCAACAUAUUAUGUUACAAGUAAAACCUAAAGUGCAACUAUAAUCUAAGUUACAUGUCUUAUAAUGUAGUAGUAUACUAUUCAAUUAUAAUAAAACCAUUCAGAAAAAAUGGACAAAAGGUGGGUAUGGUGACCUUAUUAAAUUCUUGAUAGUUAUCCUGAAUAUUUUGCACUAUGAACAAUUAAGGCUUUGGUCUAGGCAGAAGUUCUAGUUAUAACCUUUAUUUUCUUAUAAGAUGAGUUAGUUCUUUUAACUAAUUCACAUUAGCCAUUAUGAAUAACUGUACCCUAAAUUUUAUUUCAAUCUGCGCUAAUCGGCUCGACUUGAUAGUAAUAAUCCUAAAUACUGUAGUAUUUAGGAUUAUUACUAUCAAGUCACUGUUUGUACAUAUAAGUGAAAGAGUAUUAAUCACUUUCUCUGUAACAUAAUGGAUAAUGUAAGUUUUAAAUAGACUUGUGUGGCUUUGCACUAUGCAGACUUGGAAUUUUGGUGCGUCCAAAGCAUUUGACGUUUCUUUAAAUAUGAUGAAAUUGCAUAACAAUAUAUUAAUAUUGGAUAGGAGAAGGCGUUUCAUUUCGUAAUUUCAUGAUAUAUAUUGAAAGCUUAAUUGUAUAUAACUUUGAAUACCUGGCUAAUCGGCACGAUGCGCUUUAGAAUAUCUUCAUUCUUUAUUUAGACGUUUCGCUCAGACACCAGGGCAUCUUCAGAUCGACCCGAUUGACAGAUGUUAACUUUAUAAUGCAAAAUUGCUAACCCAAUUUUGCAAAAUUCAACACCUCCCGAUGUUUCGAUGUUGGAGCAAAACUCACAUCUCGCUAUGUAAGUUUCGCUCCGCUUUUCGAAAGAUCUACAUGGCCUAGUGUAUAAAUGAACAUUGUAAGACAGUAAAAAAUGCACCGUGCAGAUUUGCCUGAUUUUCUCAAAUAAAGCUGUAAUUAUUAAAUACAGUUGUAAAAAAUUUUGUUAGUCGGUCACCUACCUAACCAUUGUAGCUGCCGGCAAAUUAACAUUGAUUUGUUAGUUGGAAAUCAUUAUUCUAUAAUCUGUGUUUAUAUUUCGCCACAGAUCUUUAGCAGCUACGCUAAUCCUAUAGGUAGUCUUAGUUUGGCAUCAGUUAGUCAGAGACGUUGGAUGAUUACUUUGGGCCCUAUUAAUCUAUCUAUAUAUCACUGACACGUCAAUCUGACAAAAUGGACUUGGAACUGAUACCAAACAAAAUUUCGCGUCUUAAACGAAUCUAAAGGUUUGUUCAUAGAAAAGAAUCAUUUUUUAGUAUAUAUGAAACAAAGAUCUUUGGUUUAAAAUGUUGCAGUUUUGAGCAAAGCCCGAAUUCGUCUAUUACAAAUGAACACAUUAAAUUACAGUUUGAUGUGUAUAUCCAUUUUUUUUACAUGAACUGUGUACUUUAGUGUCCCAAAUGAUGUAAUAUAUGUUACGAUUUUAAUAACGUAGUGCCCCGUUAUUAAAAUUCAUAAAAAAGCGGAUGGUCCGAAACUACUUGUCAAAAUACGAUUUAAUUUACAACUGAAACUGUAAAAAACCUUAAUAUUUUCUACGAAAAAAUUUUCAUAUAAUUAUCGGUAAACGUAACGACAUAGGGAUGGCUUCAUAAAAACUGAAACACGUACAUUUUUAUAUAAUGGACUGAAAUCAUAAAAGGUGAUAAUCUAAGAUGAAUCUUUUAAACUGGUGUGGUAGCAGGUAAAUUCUACUAUCAUAAUACUGUGUGUACGCUGGAUGCAGUAAUCUAUACUUCACGCCUCGUUUCAAACAACUGUAUAUAAUAAUGUUUAUAUGGUAUUUAAAUCUUGUUUUUUUUUUUUAAAUUAAAAGCACUAUAAUCUCAUUUACAUUCCACACUUAACUGGGGUUUUGGAGACACUUUAGAUAAGCCACAUUUUUGUUAUAGCAAUUAUUUACUAGUGUUUGUGUAGUAUAUUAAAAUAUAAACUUGUAAGUUAAACAAAUUAAGGUUUUAAAUAAUUAAAAAAGUAAAAAAAAAAGAUAAUUUCUGACAGUAUUUUCUGUUUAAUUGUCAAUCGAUUUAUUUGAUGAUUAAUUAUUUCUACCAAUAAUUUUUUUUAAAUAAUUUUAUCCAUCUAAUUAACUUCAUAAAUUAUUAGUUGAAUUCAGCUAUCAAUGAAGGAUAGGCAGUGUUCAUAACCAAGCCUGACAAACAAUAGCAACCAACUAUGAUCAGAGGCAUUAAGUUGCUUUUUAAUGUAAAUACCCAGUGUAGUAAAAUAAUAUUAUCAUUUACUAGCACAUACCAUACAUAUGAAAUCAAUAUCUGUUAUGUUAUUUAUAAUGUUAUGUAGUGGACAGACUGAACUUUUAAAACAGAAUUUUUCUUAAUUACUAAAAGUUCAACUGCCAAAACUUUUAAGUUUUCGUGUAUUCAAAAAAUCUAUUAUUUAUAAAUACAGAAUCACUACUUACUAGAAGCAAUUGCUUUUGAAAUAUAAGGAAUAAUAUUUUAUAAACCACAGCUAGGAAAUAUGUUUUUACAACAAAUUAGUAUUAGUUUUUUUUUUUUUUUUUAAUUUUUGGUAAUUAUAUAUUUCACUAAUAAAUUUUCCGUAAAAGAAGAUGUUUACCCUGUAUUUGUUAAUCAAUUUUACCCUUCAAAUAACUUUAAGGACAGAAUUUUUUUUUUUAACCACACUUUUGUGAAAGAAAAGAAAAACCCAAUUUUGUAACAAUUUUAAUAAUCUUUUAAAAAAACAUUCUAAUGCCAUAGCUGGUUGCUAUUGGAAGAAUACGCAUGAGAAUACGAAGUCGGCGCAUUAUCAACGGCAGAGACAACAAUACCCUUCAUCAUAAAGGUUUUACUAAAGUUUCUGACAAAUAUCACAACAUCGAUGACGGGAUAUUUUAUAAGUUCUCUAUAGUCCAUUUUUCUAAUAAUGUUAAGAAUUUUUCAAUACUUUUUAUUGUAAAGUAUGGAUAAAGAAAGUUUUAAUAAACCAACUUAAUAAGAAUAUAUUUUCUUUUUGUGUUUAUACUUUAUUAUUUAUUUGAAAAUUUUAAAACAUACACUAAGAAGUAAUGAAUUUUUUUUUUACAUUAUUAGACAUGUAAGAUGAAAUGGACUGAAGUAGGCCCUAUGGGUAUGAACUCAUAUUUUACUAAAUUAUAUAAUAAUUUAAUAAAAUUGACUUUCAUUUUUUAUUAAACGGUUAAAAUAAGGCAUUUUUGUUGUCUGUAGAACUUCUUAAAGUCAUUGUAAAUAUUUUUAUAGAAAUAUCAGCUUCUAAAUUCGAGUUUAAAUGUGACGAAUAUAUUGCUUGCAUUGAACACUUAUCUUCAGGACCUCCUCGAAGACUAGCAAAAUCAAAGUCGGCAAAAUCAUGCGCCGCGUUCCGGGUGCCCAGGCAACAAAACCAAACAUUAGACGUCCUUCUGGGCAGUGUUAUUAAUUAAUUAAAUUUAAAUAUAUUUCGUUUGUUUUGUAAAAAAAUUGUAUAUGUAAUAUGUAUUUGUAAAAUUAACAAUAUUUUCAUUAUUUCUCUUUAUUGCUUUAAUUAAUCAUCAUUAAUAUUGUGCAAGAAUAUAAAUAGUAAUGUCAUUAAAAGGUAUGGUUAUCUUCUAUUUAUUAAACUGUAUUUUUUUACGAAUAGAGAAAACGAAAAUGGUUUGUACACGGGUGCUGUAAGAGCUAGUGAGAGGCCUGCCUAUCAUGAGUUAAAAUUAAAUCGUAUUAUAGUUUAUUGAAUAAUUUUAUUGUUAAUCUGUUAAUUUUAUCAUAAAUUGAAAUA